AUGACUCCUCACUGCAGUUAUUUCACCAAAUGUUAGACUAGCGCAUUAUAAUCUUGGUUGGAGGUUGUCAUUUAUUAGUUUGGGUGUUUACCAAAGAAAUUCAUCAUGCAAAUGUCAUGCCGACGUGCUAACAUGAAAACAAAUUGUACAAUCUCUGCUGCCAAAGCUCACAUCCUGGAUCUCAUCCAAGGUCACGAGCCAUCAGGUGGCAGUCAGUCUUGUAACAGACCACAGAAAUGUACUUCUUAUGGCGUGAGGGGGAGGACCAAAGACAGGGCUCCUGGUUUUGAGAGGCUCCGGGUGCCCAUGUAGGGAACUAACAGAGACACUGCAGACUUUAAUAGAGGGCACAUUGAUAAGAGUCCUCAUACAUAAAGACUCCAUCAGAGACACCAGUGACCCAGGAGCUCACAUAUACAGACAGAGAGAAGACAGUGAAUAUGGCUAGUAAGAAAGCUGCUGCUAAAAGGGGCAAAACUGCUCAAAGGGGCUCUUCUAAUGUCUUCUCCAUGUUUGAGCAGUCACAAAUACAGGAGUUCAAAGAGGCAUUUGGCUGCAUUGAUCAAAACAGGGAUGGAGUUAUUAACAAAACUGACCUGAAAGAAACCUACGCACAACUAGGGAAGCUGAAUGUAAGUGAUGAGGAGCUGGAGUCAAUGUUAGCAGAGGGGAAGGGACCCAUCAACUUCACUGUCUUUCUCACUCUCUUUGGAGAAAAACUCAAUGGCACAGACCCAGAGGAAUCCAUUCUUGCUGCUUUUAAACUAUUUGACCCUAACGGUACAGGCGUUGUGAAUAAAGAUGAGUUUAAGAGGCUGCUAAUGAAUCAGGCUGAUAAAUUUUCAGCAGAAGAGGUUGACCAGGCUUUUUCAGUGGCUCCAAUAGAUGUGGCUGGGAAUAUUGACUAUAAAUCACUGUGUUAUAUUAUUACACAUGGUGAUGAGAAAGAAGAGUCUUGAAUAUCUUGAUAUUUUAUUUCAUUCGAACUUUGCCAUUUCUUCACCUUCGAUGAUGUCUGCAAUUUUGCUCUUGUCAACCCAAAAACAAUGCAUUUAUUCAGCAAUUUCUAUUAGUAAAACCAUGCUAAAGACUUCUAUAUGGUGCAAAACAUUAGUUUUAAGUUGAUAUCACAAUUUAUAUAAUUGAAGUAAUUUACCUUGCAUUUUAAAGCAAUGUUUUCGCAAAUAACUUGUACUGUUAUGUACUGUUAAUGCUUUUGACCAAAAAGUCUUUGAAUAUAAUUUGCUUCAUUGUACAGUAAAUUAUGUCUGUAAUUGCUGCCAUCCACAGGCUGUUUGUUGAACUGCAUUUACCAUUUAUAAAGUAGAAAUGAAACCCAUAAGCUAACGGUGAUUUAUCAUAGUAUGUAUAUUUUUAGACAUUAGCUAAUUCCUUUACUAUGAGUGGUGCAUUUCCUCAAACGAACCUAAAAUAAACGGCAAUACUUUA